AUGGAUGUGAAGAAUGCAUUCUUACAUGAAGAGUUGGAUCGGGAGAUCUAUAUGAAUCAACCGAUGGGCUUUCAGAGUCAAGGUUAUCCUAAAUAUGUGUGUAAGUUGCGGAAGGCACUCAACAGAUUGAAACAAGCACCCAGGGCAUGGUAUGGUAAGAUUGUUGAAUUUCUAACUCAAAGUGUGUAUUCAAGAGCACCUGCAGAUUCCAGCUUGUUUGUUAAAGCUAAUGGAGGAAAGUUAGCUAUUGUACUUGUAUACAUAGAUGAUCUAAUCAUCACUGGAGAUGAUGUUGAGGAAAUUUGCCGAACGAAGGAGAACUUGUCAGUUUGUUUCCAAAUGAAAGAACUUGGACAACUUAAGCACUUUCUUGGGCUAGAGGUGGAUCGUACACAAGAAUGGAUAUUUCUCUGUCAACAGAAAUAUGCCAAAGAUUUGUUGAAAAAGUUCGGGAUGCUCGAAUGUAAACCGAUCUCAACACCGAUGGAACAAAAUGCUAAGAUGUGUGCACACGAAGGCAAAGACCUGAAUGAUGCAACAAUGUAUCAGCAAUUGGUGGGUAGUUUUCUUUACUUAACUUCAACUAGACUCAAUAUCUCUUAUGCAGUUGGUGUGAUGAGUCGAUACAUGCAAAAACCAAAGAAGCCUCAUUUGGAUGCAGUUCGACGAAUUUUGAGAUAUGUGAAGGAUACAAUUGAUUUUGGUCUAAUGUACAAGAAAGGUGAAGAUUGCAAGCUAGUUGGCUAUUGUGAUGCUAAUUAUGCAAGAGAUCACGACACCCAUAGAUCAACUACCGGGUAUGUGUUUAUGCUUGGAUCAGGAGCAAUUUCAUGGUGUAGCAAGAGACAACCGACAGUAUCUCUGUCAACAACGGAGGUAGAGUACCGAGCAGCAGCAAUGGCAGCUCAAAAGAGUACUUGGCUAAUACGGCUGAUGAACGAUCUACAUCAACUAGUGGACUAUGACAUUCCAUUGUACUGUGACAACCAGUCGGCAGUUCGUUGGCGGAGAAUCCAGUCUUUCAUGCAAGGACAAAACAUGUGGAAGUGCAUUAUCAUUUUAUUAGGGAAAAGGUUCUGGAAGAAGAGAUUGAGAUGA